AUGAUUUCAAAAGUCCUACCUCGCAUCCAGCCGGAUCUACUGCAUGUCUACCUCGCCUGGACAGAUAUAUGGCUGUUAACCUCAAAUGGCGACCUCAAAUAUCAAGAUCAAGACAUUCUCAGUCUCGAAGAACUGGGUAUUCUAUUCAACGAAGAGAACAUCCACCAUCUGAUAGACCACGAUCAACUCGUCCAAGCAGUCACUUCAUUCAAAGUUCAUAUUGAAAAUAGAAGAGUCACGUUCGGCGGUACGAGCCCUCCCUCAUGCGGCGAGACGGAUCUCCUUUCUGAGAGCUACAACCCGCAGUCCAAUUGUAACUGCGAGAAAUCGCCACCAAAUAAACCAAAACCUACCUGUGUUGCAUUGCACAACAUGGCAGACGCAAUGCAACGAGUCAUUCAGCGACCAAACGAAUGGAAAAGCGACCUCUUCACAGCCGCGAAGCUUCAAGAUGCUGUGACUGAAUUGAUUCUGGCAAACACCGACAUUCAACCUACUCCUGAGACUUGCCAGCCCGAAUGCACCAUUACCCCGACUAUCAUAGCCCCAGAUAGACGUCCCAACAAGGGCGUUGAUGGAAAUACAAUUAUUACAAACCAGCUCUACCCUACAUCAGAGCAGAUCAAACUCUGCAGCGAUGCAAAGUAUUUCGGUGUCAUUGCUUGCGGCGCUGGACGCUGCGACGAAGGCCUCGCACGCGCCAUCGCAGACUCGUGCAAUGACAUCUUGAUCGGCGAUUACUGUGAGGCUGCCGAUGCCAAGGGAUUGAAAAUGCUUCAGCAGACCGGUGCGGCGGCAAUGUCAUUUUUGAAGUUGUGUAAUCUGGCCGGGCGUGUCUCUGACUGGCAAUUUGAUAAUCUGGCUGCUUAUAUGAUUCAAUGUCGUGUUCUUGGGUAUUUCCGUGAUCACUCGCGGCCGUUUUUGCCUGAUGGUAUCUACGGGAGUCGGAUGACGGGACUUGGUGUUCAUCGCCACAUCGAUAUUGCCGCCUUUCAUGGGAUUAUGACUGCAUCACUGGCGACUGGGUGCCAUAUUAGUGAGAAGCAGUUUAUGAAGAUUGUUGACGCGACUGUCUAUAUUAAUGAUUUUGUCGACUUCCGUGGUGACAUCCUGCGAAAACAGCGCGAGAACGUUAUACUCCGUGGAGUCCGUGGAAAUCUUUGUCGAUUUCUUGAUUCCGUAAUUGGGGAGUGUCUUGAUUCGGCAAUUGAGGUUAUUGAGGCUUCGGAGACUGGGGCUUUGGUUGUGAUGGGGUAUUGCAACUGGGCUAUUCUCGGAUCCCAUCAUAAGGUUUAUGAGAUACUGGAUGGCGUGCAACCUGUUACGCAGUAUCCUGCAUGCGAGCAUUCUUCUCAAGCUGAGAAGUAUGAGCGUUUGUUGGAGGCGUUAAGGCCGUAUGGAACUUUGGGAAGCAACGGACCGAAGGUUUCGAAGAGGAGGGUAGAGAUGGAUAAGAUUUACAGUGCUUGUCGGUUCAAUCCCCAAGCAAAUAUGGCUUGGCUAGCGGAUGCAACUAGGAGCUUUUUGGAGCCUACGGUAUUGAGGAGAAUUGUAGAUGUGGUGCAUUUUGAAUGGCGAGGUGAUUUGGGUGCUGUUAACUAUUGUCCUUAA